UCUCCACCAUGUAAAAGUAAAUCAUUAAAUAACUCAACUAAAAUAUCGACCCCAAAACAAGCCACCAAAAAAGGAGACACACACAGUGAUUCAUGGCUCCCGCCUACCCCACCUGCCUCAGCUCUCUCACCCACAGACCUCAGUGGCCUCCCCCUCCCUAAGAAGAAAAAUAUAAAACGUAGAAAAUUACCAAGUACGAUUGUUGAUCAGGUUGGAAGGAGCACCUCAAAGACUGAUAUGUUCAUUAAGUCCCCAAUAUCAAAGUCCCCAUGUGUAAAGUCCCCUUAUUCAGCCAGUAGCCAAGGUCCUCUGGGAAAAGUACACACAUUGAGCAGUCUAUCUAGCCCUACUGAUACCAAUGACGAACAGUAUACAAGACAUGGAAAUCAGUUAUAUCUGAACUCAACCAGCAAAUCACCCAUAAACAAACCAGAGAGCACAUCAAGUUUUGAUAAAUCAGAGGGAGUGGAGACCACUAAAAGAAUAUCUCCCGGGCAUAGGCUUAAUUCGACAAGCACUUGCGCUUUGGCUGAUCGGAGUUUAAACAACCUAGUUGAAAAACCAAAUGUAAAUAAUGAUACUAAAGUACAGUCUGGAUUUUCACAAUCGUCACUUUUACAAUCGCCAUCUCAGUCUAUUCUUGGAGGGAGUAAGUCCAAAAAUCAGAACAGCAGAACCUCACAUUUGCAUUCGAGUGAACGGAAAAUUCCAAGUGAACGGAAAAUCCCCAGUGAAUGGAAAAUUCCAUCAGCUAGCAGCCCAAUGGUUGAUUUGACUGAAGAUGACU